AUGAAUGUUGCUAUGGAAUCUGAAAUACUGUACAUAAAUGACGAUCCUUGUCCACACCAGGUUAUCCCUAUACCUGGAGAUGGUUCAUGUUUGUUUCAUUCUUUAUCAUUCUCUAUUUAUGGGAAUAUUGAGUCGUCGUAUGACAUCAGGCGUGCUAUAGUCGAGCAUGUGGUAGCGCAUUGGAAUGAGAUGCAACUUUAUACUUGUGACGAGCAUGGAGACCCAUACAUUAACGCUGAUCUCUACUCGACGGAAAUGCUGAAAAGUACUACCUACGGUUCUUUAUGCGAACUUAAAGUGGCCGCUGCUUUAUAUCCAUUUACUUUCGAGGUCUAUGAAAAUGGCCGUUUGAGAGGAUUAUUCGGUGGUGAUCCUGGGAAACCAGUGAAACGUUUACGAUUCUCUGGUAGUUUCUUAGGAGGUCAUUACGAAGUGCUCCUUCCUUAUUCUACGUCCUCUGGACUAUCUCCUAAUAAUUUAUUAAACAAACAUACUGAAUACUUACCUAAAAAGGGAGGAAGACCUAAAAAGGUUAAUAGAGGAAAACCUAAAACUUCUAAGCUAUCACGUUCUCAACAAAUCAGAGAAGCAGCUGCUCGUUAUCGCCAAAACACUCCUGAAAAACGCAAAAAGACAUUGGCACGUUACAGUUCCUCACAUCCGGAGGUUAACAGAGCAUCUGUAGUGCGUUACACUGCUUCUCAUCUGGAAGUUAACCGAGCAUCUGUAGAGCGAUACACUGCUUCCCAUCCGGAAGUUAACCGAGCAGCAGUAGCACGUUACACUGCUACUCAUCCGGAAGUUAACCGAGCAGCAGUAGCACGUUACACUGCUACUCAUCCGGAAAAACGUCGAGAAGCUGCAGCACGUUACAAAGAUUUACAUCCUGACGUUAAUCUCGAAUCUGUCCGAAGGAAAAGAUUAAACGAAAAAUUACAAUUUCGACUAAAAAAUUUGGAAAAAUUUACUCAAGCAUUAACAAAUAAAAUUCAGGACAGAUUAGAAGCAGAAAAACUAAUUAAAUGGGUAGUUCACAGUAGACAGCAGGCUCUAGUUAACUUUAGUAAAACUAUUGAUAGAUUAAAAGAUAAAUUUAAAAUAUCGUUAGAAAAAUUGAACGCAUGCCCUGCAGAUAGUAUUUUACAUGACAAGUUAGAAGCUUUUCUGGGAAAAUCGGAGCAUAGAAAUAACCAAGAGCCAUAUUACGCACAAGAAGCAUACAAAGUGUUUGAAACUAAAGAUAAAGCUAUCGCAAUUGACAACACAGGAAAAGCAGUCUUUGGGAAUGUCAAAAAACAUGGCAAAGGUCUAGUUUGGUCUUGUAAUGAUCUAUGCACACUAGAUGAGAACGUCAUUGUACAACUAAGGACAAUUUUCGAAAACUUAGCAAACAAAACUGCCGUCCAAUAUUAUGCAUUAAUUGAACAAGAAAAACUAAUAGAAUUUUUAAUUAAUAUCAAUACUUUUAAACCGCAUUUUCCUCGCUUACGAACCAUUUCAAGAGAAAUGUAUCAAAUACAGAGCAUUAGUAAUCUUUUAAAAGAUAUUGAUGCAUCAUUAGAAAAAUCUGACGUAGAAAAAAUUAAAAAAUAUGGAAAACAACAAAAUAUUGGCAGCAUUGCUAUGGAAAAUGAAGAGUCACAUGAAAUCUUAGAAGAUGAGGUCAUAGAUAAACAUAAGGCCGCGUUCAAAUCUUUAAAAUUAAAGUGUCUUGAUACUCCAAAAACCGAGUGCAUGUCAUAUGCGGUAAAGAAUGUUUCUGAAAGACUUCAAAUACCUAUUUCAGUAUUUAAUCAUAGAUCGAUAAAUAUAUAUAUUGACCACACAAACAUGCACGAAGGUCGCGGACUUAUGCUGAGUUUGUUUGUGCCGCCAGCGCCACACGCACCGGUUCGUCACACACCGGUCACGCCAAGAGGGAAGGUUCCAAGUAGCGCGAGGCGCGAGCGCCGAGCGCUCAGUCUCUACCGCAGUAAC